CGACGUUCGGCGUGAGGAGUCAGAGUCAGAGUCAGCGGCUGCCCGACGAGGCGGUGGGACUCCGACGGGCGGCUGGCGGCGGCACAGUUGCUGGCCGCCGACGUCGACGGUACACCGCCACCACGCUGCCGAUCGACGCUUCUUUCGCCAUCAGUUAAAAGAGUUCAGAGUUCUUCGGUUGGGGGUUUCUUCAGUGAUUCGCUUCGAGGGAAUCACGCAUUCAAUAGUCGGCACCCAAUUAAUUAAUUAAUUAAAAUUGAUUAAUAAUUAAUUAAAAUCGUUGUCGCCAUGACGAUGGUAAACGAUUGGGUGAACGGCCUCUGGAUACACGGCUGGAUCCAGCGCUGUCGGGAGUCCCGCCGCCUCGUCUUGGUCAUCGUCGCCAUUGCUCUCCUCUUGGACAACAUGUUGCUCACCAUCGUUGUGCCAAUAAUUCCGGAGUUUUUGUACGACAUCAACCAUCCAGAGGCUCCCUUGAAAGGCAGGCCCUUAAUCACCACGACAACUACGACAACUACCACUAAGGAACCAUGUUCCGAAUUAAGGAAAAAAUUUAAUUUAGAUGUUAACGACACCUUGUAUGCUUCUACUACUAGUACUUACGAAAACUUUACGGAUUAUCCGAAAGUGAAUGACGCGGAUAAGCAUAAGUUUUUGGUGGAGGAAACUGUUUCGGUGGGCAUGCUGUUCGCCUCGAAGGCAUUCGUGCAGUUAAUCGCCAACCCUUUCGUUGGACCCUUAACUCACAAAAUUGGCUACAGCAUACCCAUGUUCUGCGGUUUCAUCAUAAUGUUUCUUUCGACGAUCAUUUUUGCCUUUGGCAGGAGCUACAGUGUGCUAUUCAUCGCAAGAUCACUACAAGGCAUAGGAUCCUCUUGCUCUAGCGUAUCAGGCAUGGGUAUGUUAGCAGAACGUUAUCCGGAUGAUAAAGAGAGAGGAAACGCUAUGGGAAUCGCCCUGGGUGGGUUGGCUUUGGGGGUACUUAUUGGACCACCCUUCGGCGGGAUAAUGUACGAAUUCGUCGGAAAAUCUGCACCCUUUUUGGUUUUGGCCGUGAUCGCUCUUGGGGAUGGACUUUUACAACUGCUGAUGCUACAGCCUUCAGUGACCCACCAAGAAAGUGACCCGCCAUCUUUGAAAGCCCUAAUAAUGGACCCGUAUAUUAUGAUUGCAGCUGGUGCCAUAAUAUUCGCCAAUUUGGGGAUAGCAAUGCUGGAACCGUCGUUGCCCAUAUGGAUGAUGGACACGAUGGGGGCCGAACGUUGGCAGCAGGGCGUCUCGUUCUUGCCCGCCAGCGUCUCUUACUUGAUCGGCACGAAUUUGUUUGGUCCGCUGGGACAUCGGAUGGGCAGAUGGUUGGCCGGCCUGCUCGGACUCAUUAUCAUCGGGAUUUGCUUAAUGUGUAUUCCUUUGGCGACCAGCAUGAAUCACUUAUUAAUCCCGAACGCAGGUCUGGGAUUCGCCAUUGGAAUGGUUGAUUCAUCCAUGAUGCCAGAACUGGGAUACCUAGUCGAUAUUCGGCAUUCUGCCGUAUACGGGAGCGUGUACGCCAUUGGAGAUGUUGCGUUUUGCUUAGGAUACGCUAUUGGGCCUGCUUUGAGUGGCACACUAAUCAAAAGCAUCGGGUUUGCGUGGAUGCUCUUCGGCAUCGCGAUGCUUGAUUUCAUAUAUGCCCCCCUCUUGUUCAGCUUGAAGAAUCCGCCAACAAAAGAGGAGAAAAAGUCGCUGAUAACAGGGGACCACUCAUCUGUUCGGUACGUCAGCUACCAAAACGAGGAAGAAGACGAGUAAUCAUCCCAUGGCUGUACCACACUGAAAAAAUGUAAAGAAACUGUACAAAAAAAAUCCUGUACUUUCCUUGUUUUAUAGCUUUGUCUAUUGCACUUUAAAGGUACAGGACCAAUGUGCAAAUGUACAGAAAUAAAAGGCGUGCAUAUAUGAAAUAAUAAUUUAUUUGGUUAAAAAUUACUAAAAUAUUUAUGUCUGUUUAAAGCAAGCUCUCUUGGCAUUUACUAUAUAAUAAAUCGAUGGAAGUGCCUCCCCUCAACUUUAAACUCUCAUUUUCAUGGGGCCCUCGUGAAAAAUCCUUGUGAAUGGCUGCACAGGGUUUUAGCCCCUAAAAAAGGGGGCCACGAGGCAAUCAGAGACCCCUUUUUUUAGUUUCCUUUUAAAGAGAAAAUUGAUAAAAAUAUGCACUUCCAUCUACACCCUAAAGAAAUGAAAAUUUAAUAUGAUUGUCAAAUUUUAUGUCUAUUUACUCAUAUAUAUAUAUUAAGAGUGUCUUAGAAGUUCUAACUGAAAAACUGAGAAUUGCUGGGCCAAUCAAAAAGCCAUUUGCAAGGGGAUCAACACUGCUGACAGGUCUUUCACGUUUUAAGUUUGUCCAGAGAAAUCCGUAUGAGAAUCAGUGUCUUUUAGUCUGCAAGACUGUAGAGUCUGUCUUAGGUCAUCAAGGAUGUGGGUCUAGACGAAAGACAGGAAUUUUUACAGGAAAAGGUAAUUCAUAUGACUCAGUACCGUUUGGGAUGGUAGACACAUGAAGAGUUAAGGCUGAUGAAGCCAAGAUUCAAGCAAAAAACAAUUAUUCUUCGUAGAUAACUUAAUCGGAUGUGACGCAUCGAUAUUUGUUUUUUUUGCACAUCACCUUACACUCUUUUGUCCACAGCAGGAUACACUGUGCGUCAUGGUACUUUAAAUAUACAGGACGCACGACUUAACAUUUUGGCUCUUUUUACCCUCUUGUAUUUUAUAGCAAAUAUCAACUUAUUGUUGAGACUCUCUGCAUAUUUUUUCCAUGGAGAUGAGGAAUUUAUCGACUGAUUUUUGGACAAAUUUGAAAUAUUCUCUACUUUAUACUGGAAUUUUAUGUCAAAUUAUGCAUAAUUUAAAUGGAGGAGAUGCAUGGUUUCUUAAGUAAAAAAAGGUCUUUUCUUUCAAGGGCCAUUGAAAGAUAUUAAAAUAUUAAGAAAAUCCUUGGAAAAUCUAGGAAUCCCAGAGAAAUCAUUGAAUUUUUUUAAAAUUUUUUGAAAAAACUCAAAUAAUAAAAUAAGGAUUUCUUGGAAAACCUUGCAAAGUAACAAAAAAUAAUCCUUGGAAAUCCAAAAAUUCAAUUGAAACACCCUAUAAAUAAUUGCCUCAGAAUUAAUUUUUUUUUCAUAAAAACCGUUGCAGAAACACCAUUUUGGCACCUAGGAAAAAAUAUUAAGAAAAUCGUGAAAAGUUCCCCUAGUAAAUAAAAUCCUUUGAAAAAUAUUUGAAUAUUAAGAGAAAUCCUUUAAGAAAAAUGCCAGGAAUCAAUUACAAAUGGAUUCCUUUAAAUCAUUGGAAAAUAAAGGAGUAAUAAAACAUGGAUACUUUGAAGACCUUGAGGGAAAUAUUAAAAACGGUCCUUGAAAAUCCAAGAAUUCCAGAAAUCCAUUGCCCGCCUAACAUCCUAUAGACAACUACCAAAGAUUUUUUCGGAAACACUCUUGGAGAAAGUUCUUUUUGGCCCUAGAAACAUUUAAAAAGUCCUUGGAAAAUUCAGGAAAUCAUUGCUGAGACACCCCGUAGACAAUUUACACUUGGAAAAACAUGAAGGGAAACCCUUGAAACUUUUAGGAGUUUCAUUAAAUUUUUUUGUGCGAAAAUGCUUAGAUAAUUAUUAAAAUAUCAAAAAAGUCUAGGAAUUCAUUGUUAAUACAUCCGAUAGAUCCUUGCCGAAUUAUUUUUUUGCAAAGCCUUUGGAAAAAAUUGUUUUUGGCCAUUUAAGAAAAAUACUUGGAAAAUCCAAAGAUCCAGGAAAUACACGAGUCUAUGUCUAGAAAAUUUAAUUUUUUAGAACUUUAGGGAUAUGUUGACAAAAAUUAUUGAAAAAACUAGGAAUCCAUGGCUAAAUACCCUGUAGAUAACUUUUACGUAGUAAUCUAUUUUUUUUCUGAAAAGCCGUUGGAAAACUAUUAAUGGAAGUCUUUAAAAAAUUCAGAAAUCUAGGAAAAUCAUUUAAAAAUCCAGAAAUCUAUUGCUAGGAUAUCCUGUAUAUCAUUGCCAUAUUUUAUUUUUAGAAAACCCUUGGAACAAAAGUCAUUUUUAGCCAUCUUUCAAAACAUUCCAAUGGGCAAAAUUUUUGGAUAAUCCUGGAUAGUCAAAGAUUCAGGAAAUCGAAAAAUCUGUUGCUACAAAAGGUAAUUUUUUUUGGGGAAACUUAAGGAAAAUGCUUGGAAAAUUCAAGGAAUCCGGAAAUAUAUUGCUGAGACAACCUAUAGCCGCUAUAAUUUUUUUUUUGAGAUAACUAUUUAAAAAUGUGCAAAUAUUUAAAGAUAAAUCCUUGGAAAAACCAGGAAGCCAUGGUUGACACACAUAGUGCAUAGUAGCAGCAAUAUACAACACGUAGACGUACAUAAAUUUUAUAUAGUACUUAAUCUUAUUUGGAAAAACCUUUUUAGAAAUAUUAAGAGAAUUCCAUGAAAACUUUAGAAAUUCUAGGGAAAUUAUCCAUUUUUUUUUAAAACCCCUGAGAAAAUCCAGAGAUUCCAGGAGUCCAUUGCUGAGACACCUUGUAAAUAAAUAAUAAUUGUAAAACAAUUUUUAUUGGGAAAAUCUCGGAGAAAGAAUGAAAGUAUCAUACCUGAAUAAAUAUUAAAAUAUUAUAAAAAACCUUUGGAGAAACCAAGUUUUUUACAGACGACACAUCCUUAAGAGCUGAAAAAUGUUCGUGAUAAUGAUAAAUAAGCCGAGAAAUCGUGACAAAGCAUGGAUAAAUAACCAAAAAUUAUGCUUAAAAAUCCCAAUUUAUCCUUGAGCAAUUUGACUUUUGCAGACGAUACAGCGUUCACCGCAGCACUUUUUUUUCUGAAAACUGAGAAAUGUUUGAAAAAUUAAGGUGAAAAAUAACAUUUCAUCCGGAACUUUAUUAUUAAUUAGACGGACACAAUGCACGUUUUUUAAUCAAAAUAAGACAUGCAGACACAACAAGUGAGGGUAAUUGACUGUAAUCCUCGGAAAGCAAAAUCCUCGUUUUUUACAGAUGACAGAGUGUUAAUGGCAGAAAACUUGAAAGACCUAUACAGCACCCAAUUCAUUUAUCAAUAAUAAAAUCAUCAGUAGGGGACCUAUAUACAAAAAAAAUUAUUUAAAUGAAACUGUGUGUAAGUUACAAUAAUAAUAAUAUAUCCAGCUAUAAUAUAUGUACCAAAGACGCUUCUAACUUAAAUUUAAUUAAAAAAGGAGGUUAUAUAAUGUAUAUUAGUCUCCUUAGAAGGUUAUUGUGAUUAGACAAUAAUCGACAAAAAAGAAACCUGAGAUCAACCCUGAUUUUUAUCAAGUCUACUUUACGUUUUAAGCUGGUAAGGGUCCGAAAUACAGGGCAGUAAUCGUAAUAUUUCUGCGUACUCAACUAUAUCCCCAUAUAUUUGUAUAUUAAUUUAUAAUAGUUUGAUCGCAUCCUUGGGCAACUAAUUCUAUAUGUAGCAUUAGAGAGUAUACAUUAUAGUGCAUGUUAGAAAAAAAAUAUGAAAGAAAAACGUAAUAUUAGAACGAUAUAAUAUAUUUAAUAUUAUCUUAAAUGUUAUACUGUGGUGAGAUAUAUUAAUAAAAAUGUUACAAAGCUCCAAA